AUGUUGUGCGUAAAUGAGACUGCAUCAAAGCGCGCUUCCAUCACUUCCUCAUUAUUGGAGACUGGUGCCUAUUCAGAUCUGGUAAUCGAGUGUAAAGAUAAAGUAUGGAAGGUUCAUAAAGCGAUUGUGUUGCUCUCGUCGAAGCCUUUAGAUGAUAAGUUCAAUAAAAUAUCUGGUGAUACCCUCGAUCUCAAUGAAGAUCAGCCAGAGAUUGUAGAGCAUAUGCUCGACUUUCUUUACAACGAGGAUUACUGUGAUCAUUAUGAGUCUGAUGGAUCCGUGAACGCUCUCCUUACAAACGCAUUCGUCUACAUCCUAGCAAGCAAAUACAGAAUGGAAUCUCUACAAGCUCUCGCAAUCCGAAAAUACGAGGAAGUCAUGCCCGAAGGUUGGAACUCAUAUCCGUUCAUUGAAAGCCUGCGGAUUUUGUACGAAAACGAUGAAAAGUCGGACGAGAUUCUCAAAGGUGUGUCCGUUGAGGCUGUCGAAAGUGCGGGCAAGACGUCUGCUAGACAUGGAGAUGUGGCACUGGAUGUGCUGGCUGCGCUUCUGUCAAAUGGUCAGAAGAGAUAUAGUCAGCCUGUUAUUUCGAGUCGAGAUACUGUUUGGCAUUGUCGGCAUUGUAGUAGGGUGUAUUAUUGA